CCCACGCAACCGUUGCAAACCACAUUCAAUGUGGCCCGCAAAGGUGGUAGCUCGACGCGGGCUGGCGACACUCAAGCUCACGUAUUUCAACUUGGCCGGUCGGGCAGAGCUGACUCGGCUGGCGCUGUACAUUGGGGACAUCUAUUUUGAAGACGAUCGCAUUUCCAUGCAAAGGUUGAAGAACUUGAAGCAAUCGUUGCCUUAUGGCCAGCUGCCUGUGCUCAUGGUCGACGACUUGGUGAUGGCGCAAUCGCAUCCGAUCGCAAAGUACGCUGGCACGUUGGCUGGGUUGUACCCCCACAACGAACCCCUGGAUGCGUUCAAGGUAGACGAGGUAUUGGCUCAUCUCAUGAGCAUGAGCAACGCCAUCUAUGCGGUCUUUGGGGAGCUGGACAAGACCGAGCGAGCAGUGCGGGCCAAGGAAUUGGUGGACGUGAAGCUACCGACGAUGUUUCAGCUGUUGGAGCGGAGGCUCGUAGCCACAAGCACCGGCAACCCAUACCUCUUGGACUCGUUGUCGUUGGCCGAUCUUGAGAUUUACCUGACAGUGCAUAUGCUCAAGACGGGGUUGCUGCAUGACGUCCACACCCACGCAGUUUCUGAUGCAUAUCCUCAUGUCAUGAGCAUCUACGAUGCCAUCAAACAACACCCCAAGGUCGUUGAGUGGAACCAUCGAAAAAACUAAUACAUGCAUCAAGCAGCAGGACCUUUCUACA